AUGGGCGGCGAGGGAGCGGCGCGCGGCGGGAGGGCCUUUUGCUUCGAGGCCUUGAUUAGCCUGUCCUUUGGGGGAGCAGUCGGACUAAUGUUCUUGAUGCUUGGAUGUGCCCUUCCCCAAUACAACCAGUACUGGCCACUGUUUGUUCUGUUUUUUUACAUCCUUUCUCCUAUCCCAUACUGCAUAGCAAGAAGAUUGGUAGAUGACACAGAUGCUACAAGUAAUGCCUGCAAGGAGCUAGCAAUAUUUCUUACAACAGGCAUUGUUGUCUCAGCGUUUGGGCUACCCAUAGUUUUUGCAAGAGCAGAACUGAUUUACUGGGGCGCUUGUGCACUAGUUCUUACGGGGAAUACGGUCAUCUUUGCCACAAUCCUAGGAUUUUUCUUGGUCUUUGGCAGCAAUGACGACUUCAGCUGGCAGCAGUGGUGAAAGGAAUAUAUGAGAAUUAUCACAGGCAUCUCGUCAUGCAGUGGCCAUCCAUACAAAUGAGAGAAUGGGCAAUAAAGAGAAGUAGCGUAGCAAGCCUCUUGAGUAUUCUAGAUGUUCCUUUUCACCUUGUUCAUUCUGAGUGUACUACUGUUGCUGACAGGGUUUCUACAUUUUGAUGAAGUGGAGAGAUGAUUGAUUUCAUUUUUACCUAUGGUAUGUUUUUAGGUGCUCUCUUGGUUUAAAAUUGUCAUCCUUCUGUCCAGUGUUCAUGUGAAGCUUUAAAUCUGGAACAAGAACAUUUAAACAUGGUUUCAAAUAAGAUUUAAAUUUGAUUGGGUUUUUUGUUUUGUUUUAAGUUAAGCAUUAAUACUAUGUUUCAAAAUAACUUUUUUAGGUAGUUGGUUAAAUUAUAUCCAAGCUGAAUGGAGGUACGAGAUUGUGCCCUGCCAUUGUCAAUUUUCAGAUCAAUGGAUUGCUAUAUUUUAGAAGAGGCAGGAUGGGGUGGAGAGUAACAGCUGCAGAUUUUUCUUCUGUCCAUACCUCAAACUGGAUGAUUAAUGUUGAAAGCCUUCAUUUCAGGAGAAGGCUGAGGAGCAGGUAGAGUUAUUUGGGAAAAGUCCUAAAUUUUAACACCGCUAGCACUUUUACCUGCCUUGUUAUCAAUUCUUUGUGGAUGUGACAUUCAAAUACUCUGUAAAGGUAUUGAUGCUAUGACAUACAAAACUAAAGUGUAUUGUAGGGGAACGGAAAAUGAUAUUGAAAUUCAAUUUUUU